UGUGUAUGUGAGAGAGAGAGAGUGAUACAGUUCAUUGACGUUGUGUUUUUCCCUCUUCAGGUCAGCAGAACCCUGACAGUCUUCGUUACAAGUACAACUUCAUCGCUGACGUGGUGGAGAAGAUUGCACCUGCUGUCGUUCAUAUUGAACUGUACCGCAAGAUGAUAUUUUCUAAGCGGGAGGUGGCAGUAGCUAGCGGCUCUGGGUUUGUUGUGUCAGAAGACGGACUCAUUGUCACCAACGCCCAUGUGGUGGCCAACAAGCACCGAGUAAAGGUGGAGCUGAAGAGCGGAGCCACAUUUGACGCCAAGAUCAAAGAUGUGGAUGAGAAGGCCGACAUCGCUCUGAUCAAGAUCGAUACACCGAUGAAGCUGCCGGUGCUGUUGCUCGGCCGGUCGGCAGAUCUGCGUCCUGGAGAGUUUGUUGUCGCCAUAGGCAGCCCGUUCUCCCUGCAAAACACCGUCACCACUGGCAUUGUCAGCACCACGCAGAGGGGAGGCAAGGAGCUGGGCCUCCGCAACUCUGACAUGGACUACAUCCAGACAGACGCCAUUAUCAACUACGGCAACUCUGGAGGACCACUAGUUAACCUGGAUGGAGAGGUGAUUGGCAUCAACACCCUGAAGGUCACAGCUGGAAUCUCUUUCGCCAUCCCCUCAGACAAGAUCAGACAGUUCCUGGCAGAGUCACAUGACAGACAGAUCAAAGGUAAAACAUUCCAGAAGAAGAAAUACAUCGGCGUCCGAAUGAUGACUCUCACUCCAACGCUGGCUAAAGAGCUGAAGGAGAGGCAGUCAGACUUCCCAGAUGUCACCUCUGGGGCGUAUGUCAUUGAGGUCAUCAGUCGGACUCCAGCUGAGGCAGCUGGACUGCAGGAGAGUGAUGUCAUCAUCAGUAUCAAUGGCGAGCGGAUCACCUCGGCCAGUGAUGUCAGUGCCGCCAUAAAGCAUGAGGAGAGGCUGCGAACAGUGGUGAGGCGAGGCAACGAGGACGUCAUCCUCACCAUCAUCCCCGAGGAUAUCGAGCCUUGACCUCUCAGCUGAACGAACAACAACGCAACGACCCAACCAGUCAACCAAUCCCGAGCUGGCUCUCAGUGUUUUUCAACCAAUCAUGAACACUUUGAAAAACCAAGCAACCAACAGGGGUGUGUGUGUCUGGGGCCACACCUACUGCGUUUAAGAACUUGUAAUUAUUAGUACUACUACUACACACACACACCUUCAAAGGUCCACCUUCAUAACCCUGGGAACUGGAGCUUCGACCCUGUUGUCAUACUUCUCAUAUUAGUUUGAAUUUUUCUUCUAAUCCCAAUUAACUUUCCAUCAUCACAGACCUUUUAUAUUCUACUAACACCAUCUGUCGCUACAAAGCGGUUACUGCAGGUUACCGUAGUUCUGUUUUAUUGUGUAUGUUCUUGAUGGAAUAUUUUUUUAAUAGUAUUUUUGUCUGUAUGUGUUUGACAGUUUUUCAAAAAAGGGGAAUAAAAUUAUUUUCAAAAG